AUGGAAAUAGAGAAUGUGACUACUGUCACUGAGAUCCUUCUCCUUGGAUUUGUAUGUGACCCUGAUUUGGAGAUCAUUUUGUUUCUGGUUUUCCUUCUAGUUUAUCUACUGACGGUCCUGGGGAACGCGCUCAUCAUUGUACUCAUCUGCAUCGAUCAUCGCCUCCACUCCCCUAUGUAUUUCUUCCUCAGCAACUUGUCCUUCAUUGAAAUAUUCAUGACGACCACUGUUGUGCCCAAAAUGCUAGCCAAUCUCCUGGCUGAAAAGAAAACCAUUUCGUUUGGUGGUUGCUUUGCUCAGAUGUACUUCUAUUUCUUCAUGGGUUCCACAGAGUUUAUCCUUUUUGCUGCCAUGUCCUUUGACCGCUACAUGGCCAUCUGCUACCCACUUAGGUAUCCUAUCCUCAUGACUGGGAUGGUCUGCAUCAAGAUGGUGAUUGGCUCUUGGAUUGGUGGGUUCUUGUCUGUGUUCUUGUCAAUUGUGCUGAAAGUUAGGUUGCCUUACUGUGGACCUAAUGUCAUUAAUCACUUUUUCUGUGACAGUGCCCCUUUCCUGCAUCUUGCCUGCCAGGAUAUCAGCCUAAUUGAGUUGGUUGACUUUGUGGGUUCUUUGAUUCUACUGCUUGGUUCCCUCUCAUUUACUGCUACGUCUUAUGUCUACAUAAUCAGUACAAUUCUCAAGAUUCCAUCUGCACAGGGCAGGAAGAAGGCCUUUGCCACCUGUGCCUCCCAUUUCACAGUUGUCUCCAUGGGCUAUGGCAUCUCCAUAUUUGUUUAUGUCCGGCCAUCCCAGAGUGACAUCAUGAGCAUAAACAAAUCAUUAGCCAUUUUCUCUGGCAUCUUGACCCCCUUACUGAACCCUUUCAUCUUCAGUCUCCGGAAUGAACAAAUGAAAGAGGUGUUGAGAGAUGUGCUAAAGAGAAUAACCUCCAAGAUAAAAGAUGGCUGA